AGUGCAAGUCCUUUAUAGAAUCUUCUACUUUCAAUAAUCAAAGAGAUGUCAUAAUGAUGGAUGUCAGUAAGUUUGCUCUAUGUCAAACCCAUAUUGCCAAAACCGCCGUUCCCAUAGCUAUAAUCCUAGGAUUCGGGUAUAUGAAUUAUGCCUGUGGAUACAGACUAGGAUAUAAAGAGAUCUACAUACACCACAGUCAUGCUGUGGCAAUAGUUUUUUGGAUAAUAUUUGGAGUUUUACAACUCACGGUGUUCUUAUAUUGGGGAUUAGUUGUAUUUAUCGGACCCGGAAAGUCUCCACGGUUCCCACCUUUGGAUAUAUUAGGCACGGGCAAGUAUGAAGAUGAUGAUGUAUUAACUCCCGUUCCGGACUUGUUCUUUUGCGAUGAACUGGGAUAUCCCUACUACGAUGCUCCUACUCACUCCAUCAAGAUUGACCGCACAUUUUACCUGAAGGAUGUGGGGUAUAAUGUUUUAAAGUUUGAUCAUUAUUGUCUUUGGAUCGGCACAUCUCUUGGCCAGACAAACUAUGAGUUCUUUAUAAAGUAUAUGAUUUGGUUCAUGGUGUUGUUCUUUUAUGAUAUUAUAUUUACUGCAUGUUACACUCGAACAAGUAUAGCCCGGGGACUUGAUCAUAAUUUCAUUGCCAUAUUUGUAUUAUGUGCAUUCUGGAUAAUCAUGAUCGGUGCAUUGUUUAUUGCUCAUGUGAGAUAUAUAAACUGUGAUAUAACCACUCUUGAUGACAUUACGAAACAACAGAGAGAGCGUUAUCUCCGAUGGGCUGCCCAUAACACUUCCGAACAAGAAAAACCAAACAAACAGCAAAGCAAGUUUGUCGCAUGGUGUUUGCAGAGUAAAACAGCACCACGAUUCGAAAGCGGGCGCCGUUUUGUUAAUGCUAAAUCAGGAGAUCGUCGAUAUGUUGUGGAAUAUAGCAUCUACCAACAUCCAUUUGAUUUAGGGGUCAAAAAGAACUGGAUUAAUUUGAUGUUCAAUGGGAAUCGAAAUCAUGGCCUACCUGAAUCGUACUACACUAAUUUGCGAUUAUUUUUGUCGUUUUAUGCAUUGGCGGUUCCAUACUUGGACAUUCCACUUUACUUUAUCGCGCGAAGGAAACUCAUAGAGGGAAUAGGAGGAGAACCCGACGAAGAACAAGGCAAGAGAGAAUACUUGACAAGAUUGUAUCAUAUGUAUUCCAAUUAUGUAAGUGAUGAUUUCAGAAAGUUUAUUGAUGACAAGAUAGCCAAGGGAGAAUGUUCUAUUCCCAGUUAUUUGAAGGAAGCAGUUGAUGGUAAACAGUAAUGUAUAGAUUUUAUUUAUUUAUUUUUUUUUUUUUUUUGCUUCUGCUCACUAAUCUAAUCUCAUCUU